CGGUGGGGUGCUGGCCGCCACUGUGGGAUGAGGAUGCCAGCCAGCCUCGGGAUGCGGAUGGAGGAGAGGGGAUCUCCCACCCUGGUGCUGCUGAGCCCUUCUUUCCCCCAGGCUGGGGCACCCGCGAGCCAGGCAGUGAGAAGGUCCCCAUCCGACGGGGCAGCGGGUGCUCCACGUUCCCCCGCUCUGUCCCGCAGGGCCGAGGAUGUCCUCGAUGUUCGGCAAACCCCGAGGCAGCAGCGAGCGGCCGCCCCAGAGCGCCCUCCCCGAGUGCAACGUGGCCAUCCUGGGGUGCAGAGGGGCCGGCAAGUCAGCUCUGACCGUGAAGUUUCUAACCAAGAGGUUCAUCAGUGAAUAUGAUCCCAACUUGGAGGACACCUACUCCUCGGAGGAGCUGGUGGACCAGCAGCCUGUGCUCCUGAAGGUGAUGGACACUGCUGACCAGGAUGGCCCCGGGAACUGCGAGCGCUACCUGUGCUGGGCCAGCGCCUUCCUGGUUGUCUACAGCAUCGACAGCAGGAAGAGCUUCGAGGGCUGCCAGCGCUACCUGGAGGUGCUCGCCCUGCACGCGCGGGGCUGCCAGCGCCGCUGCCCCGUGCUCCUGCUGGGAAACAAGCUGGACAUGGAGCAGUACAGGUACCGGGCACGCGGCAGGUGCUCUCAGCAGAAGGGAUGUCCCUCGCCAGCAGGUUCGGGUGCCUCUUCCAUGAGGUGUCGGCAUGCCAGGACUUCGCUCGGGUGCAGCACGUGUUCCACGAGGCCGUGCGGGAGGUGCGGCGCCAGGCAGAGUGGAGCCUCCCCGUGCGGCCGCUCUUCAUCUCCGAGGAGCGGCCCUGCCCGCCCGUGGCCACGCCCGUGGCCCUGCCCACCCACCACAGCUUGGCCACCUGCACCUUCAACACCCUCGCCCCCGUCAACUACAAGGAGAUGCCCUCGGUGGCCCAGGCCAAGCUGGUCACCGUCAAGUCCUCGCGAGCUCAGAGCAAAAGGAAGGCUCCCACGCUCACCUUGCUGAAAGGCUUCAAGAUAUUUUAGGACACGUCCCUGUGGGCUGCAGAGAGGGAGGAGAGAGACCCUCAUCCAUCCCCCCACCUCCACAGGAGCUGGGACCUUCCAUGAUGGACUCACGGCCCUGCAGCAGCCGCUGGCACACGGCAGCCCUGGUCUCUGUGCUGGGGCAAAGCCAGCAGUGCCAACCUGGCAAGCAGGCAAAGUGCCAAGGGUCUGACAUGGGCUGUGGCAUCGCUGUGCCUGCCCCUGCCCGGUGUUUGUCCCCUGUCCUGCCACUGCCACUGUGGCCAGCCCAGUUUUCUGUGAGGAUGCAGCAGCUUCCAGAGGAGCCAGAGCUGUUGGAUACCAUUGGGACAGGAAGGGACAACUCCACGGCCACCAGCCAGCUUGGGCACCUGGCUCACAACUACAGGAGCCAGGAAUGAGGAACUAAUCAUUAAUCCAGCAUGGAUUAAUGGAAUCCAUCCAUUAAUGGAAUGGAACCCAUCUCGUUCAUCCCACAGGUCCCCGACUAAGCAAUAAGUAGGAGAAAAUUUUAUUUUUUUUAAAUCCAGAUAAAAAAGGUGCAGAUAAUGUUUCAGCUGCUUAAAGGCCUCAGGUGGCCUGUAACCCAUAUCCACACAUCAAGCUAAGUCACACCAAAAUUGCUGCUUUUUUGCUCAGCUUUUUACACUAUAGCAUCCCUUUCCAAAGGCUUUGCAAAGAGAUGCUUUGCUGACAAGGACAUGGUCUGCAAAGUCUGUGUUUAAAAGACUGAUGUAUUUCCAAUAAUGUCCUAAAUUAUUUCAUGGUUUCUAUGCAUGCCCAGUGAAGGACACAAAGGGAAUCCUGGAGCAGACCAGGCUCUACCUGUGCCUGAGCCAGGGUCAAGGGCUGGAUGUUUGGUUUCAGGUGCUCUAUCAGAUUAAAUGUUCUGCUUCUCCCUGGAGUUUGCAGUUACUUUGCAGAGUAAAAUAUCCAUGUGUAUAUUUGUACAUAUAGCCAUAUAAAUAUAUAUAUAUGACCUUACUGACAGAUUCAAUAUGGCAUUUUGAUCAACCACUUUGGAAAGUAUUUUAAUAAAAGAGGACUCUGAAAAGAAUAAAAAUGUCUCAGCUUCAGUGUUGCUGUUUUCCUGAUGGGAAGUGAGGCUGCUUUCCCUGGCUGACUGCAGGCCAAGCUUCCCACUUACUUCCCUGGCUCAGGUCAAACCUGUUUGCAGCACCUGAGGGAGGAGAGGAAGCUGGCACUGGAGGGAAGGCUGGAAGCAGCCAGAGCAGUGGGGGAACACCAGCCAGGCAGGAGAUGAGCCCAGGGCCCCUCCUGCAGGUGCAACUCUGCUGCUUUCUUGUUUCACACUUUUCUUUCUCCAGGCUAAACUGCAUUUUUAAACUGGCACCUCUGCGAAUUGAGACAUUCUGAUACCUUCCUUAAGGCCUAAAUGGGCUGACUCCAGCUGCCACUAUAUGGCCUCCUCAGACGUCUCUGUGUACAGGGAUGUGACAGUCCCAUCUUUCCACUGCACCAUCACGUCCCCUGGUCUCUGGGGCCCUGGCUGCUGCUUUAGUGGCUCAGCCAGGUUGUAUUCCUGCACAGGCAUCAGGGCUUGCUUGGCAUCGAGGUCAGCUUCCUGUGUGGGUUGUGCUGUUUCUCCGUUCACAAGGAUUUUCCUU